CACACCUCACGAACACCUUUCUGCUGCCCGCUGCCCAGACACACCUGCAGCCCUGCCCAGCCGGCUCCACUCACCCACCGCUUGUAAAUGCCCCAGACAUGAGUCAGCCCAGGCCCCGCUACGUGGUAGACAGAACCGCAUAUUCUCUCACCCUCUUCGAUGAUGAGUUUGAGAAGAAGGACCGGCCGUACCCAGUGGGAGAGAAACUUCGCAAUGCCUUCAGCUGUUCCUCAGCCAAGAUUAAAGCCGUGGUGUUCGGGUUGCUGCCAGUGCUCUCCUGGAUCCCCAAGUACAAGAUCAAGGACUAUAUCAUCCCCGACCUGCUGGGCGGACUCAGUGGGGGAUGCAUCCAGGUGCCACAAGGCAUGGCAUUUGCUCUGCUGGCCAACCUUCCUGCAGUCAACGGCCUCUACUCCUCCUUCUUCCCUCUCCUGACCUACUUCUUCCUGGGGGGUGUGCACCAGAUGGUGCCAGGUACCUUUGCCGUUAUCAGCAUCCUGGUGGGUAACAUCUGUCUGCAGCUGGCCCCAGAGUCGAAAUUCCAAGUCUUCAACAAUGCCACCAAUGAGAGCUACGUGGACACGGCAGCCAUGGAGACAGAGAGGCUGCAUGUGUCGGCCACACUCGCCUGCCUGACCGCCAUCAUCCAGAUGGGCCUGGGCUUCAUGCAGUUCGGCUUUGUAGCCAUCUACCUCUCCGAGUCCUUCAUCCGGGGCUUCAUGACGGCUGCUGGCCUACAGAUUCUGAUCUCCGUGCUCAAGUACAUUUUUGGAUUGACCAUUCCUUCCUACGCAGGCCCGGGGUCCAUCGUCUUUACCUUCAUUGACAUUUGCAAAAACCUCCCCCACACCAACAUCGCCUCGCUCAUCUUCGCCCUCAUCAGCGGAGCCUUCCUGGUGCUGGUGAAGGAGCUCAAUGCUCGCUACAUGCACAAGAUCCGCUUCCCCAUUCCUUCGGAGAUGAUUGUGGUGGUGGUGGCAACAGCUAUUUCCGGGAGCUAUAAGAUGCCCAGAAAGUAUCACAUGCAGAUCGUGGGAGAGAUCCAAAGUGGGUUCCCUGCUCCAGUGUCACCCGUGGUUUCGCAGUGGAAGGACAUGAUAGGCACAGCCUUCUCCUUGGCCAUCGUGGGCUACGUCAUCAACCUGGCUAUGGGCCGGACCCUGGCCAGCAAGCAUGGCUAUGACGUGGAUUCCAACCAGGAGAUGAUCGCCCUGGGCUGCAGCAAUUUCUUUGGUUCCUUCUUUAAAAUCCAUGUCAUUUGCUGCGCGCUCUCUGUCACUCUGGCUGUGGAUGGAGCUGGUGGAAAAUCCCAGGUGGCAAGCCUGUGCGUGUCUCUGGUGGUGAUGAUCACCAUGCUGGUCCUGGGGUCCUACCUGUAUCCUCUCCCCAAGGCCGUGCUGGGAGCCCUGAUAGCUGUCAACCUCAAGACCUCCCUCAAGCAACUCACCGACCCCUACUACCUGUGGAGGAAGAGCAAGCUGGAUUGCUGUGUCUGGGUGGUGAGCUUCCUCUCCUCCUUCUUCCUGAGCCUGCCCUAUGGUGUGGCAGUGGGUGUCGCCUUCUCCGUCCUGGUUGUCGUCUUCCAGACUCAGUUUCGAAAUGGCUACGCGCUGGCCCAGGUCAUGGACACUGACAUUUAUGUGAAUCCCAAGACCUACAAUCGGGUCCAGGAAAUUGAGGGGAUUAAGAUCGUCACUUACUGCUCCCCCCUCUACUUUGCCAACUCAGAGAUCUUCAGGCAAAAGGUUGUUGCCAAGACAGGUAUGGAUCCCCAGAAAGUAUUGCUAGCCAAGCAAAAAUACCUCAGGAAGCAGGAGAAAAGAAUGAUGCCCACACAACAGAGGAAGUCCCUCUUCAUGAAAACCAAGACUGUCUCCCUGCAGGAGCUUCAGCAGGACUUUGAAAACGCCUCCCCCACAGACCCCAACAACAACCAGACCCCAGCCAACGGCGCCAGCAUAUCCUACAUCACCUUCAGCCCUGACACCUCCUCAGCCACCCCAUGUGAGCCAUCAGCCUCUGCUGGGUCCCCCAGUGAGCCCAGUGACACCCUGGCCAGUGUCCCACCCUUUGUCACCUUCCACACCCUCAUCCUAGACAUGAGUGGAGUCAGCUUUGUGGACUUGAUGGGCAUCAAAGCCCUGGGCAAGCUGAGCUCCACCUAUGGGAAGAUUGGAGUCAAGGUCUUCUUGGUGAACAUCCAUGCCCAGGUGUACAAUGACAUCAGCCACGGAGGUGUCUUUGAAGAUGGGUGUCUAGAACGCAACCACAUCUUCCCCAGCAUACAUGAUGCAGUCCUCUUUGCCCAAGCAAAUGCCAGAGAAGUAGCUCCAGGUCACAGCUUCCAAGGGGCUCCAGGGGACACUGAGCUCUCCUUGUAUGAUUCAGAGGAGGAUGGCCCCAGCUACUGGGACUUAGAACAGGAGAUGUUUGGGAGCAUGUUUCAUGCAGAGACCCUGACCGCCCUGUGAGGGCCCCGCUGGUUCCCAUGCGACCUCCAGAGCACCUGGCACCUGGAACUCCGCAGAGGAUAAGCCCAGGACCACAGGAAUUGACAGGAGAGGAAGUGUGUCCUCCAGGACUCUGGUUCUGCUUUCCCCUCCUCCUCCUCCUCUCUCCAUUUCUCUCCUUCCCCUCCCUCCCUGCCUGCCUCCCUAGAAAAAAACCAUCUCAAACCCUGUUCCUCCAAGGGACAGACAGAGUCUGGUGAAUCCACCUGUCACCCCCUCCCUGGCCCUCAGACCCUGUCCAGCAAUGAGCAAGCCACAAGCUCACUCAUCUCACCCACCCAUGGCAGCCAAUGGACACCUUGACUUCCAAGAAUGAGCCAAGAAGAGGACAAGUACCACUGUGCAGACCUGUGUGGAAGCUUCAUGAACGGCCCUAUGACUGCAUGGCUGGGUAUAGAGGGGAUCUGGCUGUCCCAGGACACAGGGAUGAACCUGGUUAGAACGCUGAGCCUUACCUCCUUCAGCUGCCCCACUCUGUGCCCGGCAGCUCUGCACCCAGAGACCAUGCACUUUUCAGAACCUAGGAGUCUCUCUCUUUUGGUGACUCUGUCCCUUCUUCAUCCCGAGGCUGCCCAGAUGACCACUGUGUUCAGCACUGUAGAUUCUACCCAUGCAUUGGCCUGGGCCUUCAGACCACUAACGCAACCUCCUCAGGGGCACUCCACCAAAGGACUGCUUUGAUCUCCUGGAACAUCAACCCACCUCCCAGGGGUUGUUCCCUUCCACUUGAGGCUGAGUAACAACCCCAAAGAAGAGAAGGUAGCAGGCAGAAUCCUCUGAUAACUCAGCAACAGAUAUCAAUUAUUCUGCACAAAAGCUUUUGGGAAUCCCUCUUGGUACUGGAGACUUGGAAGAGGAGGGGGUGCUAAUGCUAAACCAGAGCAAACUGGUAGAUUCUGAGCCCUAACAAUCCCCCCGGACCUCAGGGCCUAUCAGGGAAGUGCCUCCCCUCAGGAAAACUGCCUUGUCCUUCUUCACUUGGCAGAGAGCCCAUGUUUUAACUCUCCCUUAUCAGCUUGUAGCCCAGAGCCAUAAUGGAGACCUGACAAGAGGGAGGAAGUCCCCAGGAAUCAAGUGCAUCCCCUAGCUGGGUGCAGGUGCAGAGAAGGGCGGAUCCAGAUUGAGUCUUCCACUGCAGGGAGUCCUAACACCCUCAGGACCUGAGGCUAUCUUCCUCUAGGAAAGAGGAAAAUCAGGGUCAAGAUCUCUAUGCUUAUGGAGAUAACUAGAGGAUCCCACUAGUGACUUGAAAACAAAUAGGUUUCAUGUGCAAGUGUUUUGUAAAAAUUCCAUGAAAGUGCACAAAGAAAUCUUCUGGCUUCUCCUGUUUUGUUUUUUUGUUUUUGUUUUUUUUUCAAGUUUUUUUCCAGUUUAAUGAUCCCCACCCCAACGGGUCAGGCUGGCCCAGCCUGGGAAAAACAUCCCAACGCCUAACUUCAGCCUGACCUGUGUGUCUUUGUGUUGAGAGAGCUCGUCAGCUAGCAAGUCUUCUUAGAGUUAAAGGAGAGGGUGCUGGGGAAAAGCCAGCACAUUCUUGGCCAUGGGCAUUGCUUCUCUGUGAAUUCAUUAUGCCAUCUGGCUGCCAAUGGAACUCAAAACUUGGAAGGCGGAAGACAAUGUUAUCUGGGAUUCACCGUGCCCAGCACUUGAAGUGCCAAAUUCCAGGAGGACAAGAACCUUAGCCAAUGACAACUCACCCUCCCCUACUCCACCUCCUUCAAAGUCCAGCUUGGGCCCAGGAGGUGGGGGAAGGUCACAGAGUCUCGGGACAGACCUAGUCAGAGUCCCCUUUUGUCUAGAUCCCCUGGGGACUUGAUGAAAUGACCAUUAACCCUCCAGGCCAGCCCCAGAGCUGAAGGGGAUUGCUGACUCACAGCGUCCUGCAGUAGGGACUCCAGGAGGGAUCUGCGACAUGCCCAAGACAAAAAGUACUCCGGAGCCCAUGGUGGAGAUGUGAUUGGAAACACACUGGACCAGGAAAAACACUGAAGAAAACCUCAGUGUUGAGAUAUUUUGGAAAGAACACAAAUGUCGCCUAGACGCAAA